AUGAGUGGUCCCGGUGAAGAACGAUGGCGCGGAGGUCGUCCGUACGAUCAAAACCGCCAGUCGGGACAAAGACACUCUAACUCGAGGAACAUGGGCGCUCAAAGCGGGAAUCGUGCCGGACAGAACUCAGCUCCCUGGACGGAUUCCCGCGAGCAACUCGCCACCGGGCCGUCUCAGGCGCACGUUCCUGUGCGCGGGCUCAAUUCCGCAGAGUUGAAGGCUGCUCUACGGAGAGAGCCCAAGCCUUUCUUCUACAGACCAAAUGGAAAAGAUGCAAACAGCAACCGUGCCAGCGGACCCUGGGGUGCAAAGCCCAACACGAUGGCAAACGGCAAAGACUUCUUUCUCGAGCUUCGCAAGCAGGUAACGGCGUUGCGCGAGGGAGCUACUGUUCCUGGAGGUUGA